ACUCACGAACUUGUCGAAGGACAGCAUGGAACCAUAACCGACACCGUCAAUCAAGUCACCCAAAGCGAGCACGAACUCGGCUUCUGGAAAGGUGUGAAGCUCUACCCCAAGGCUGUCUUCUGGUCGGCAUUCUUUUGCGUCGCUGUCAUCAUGGCCGGUUUCGAUCCUCAACUCGUUUCAUCCUUCUACGCGCUGCCUGCUUUCCAGAAGAAGUACGGUUCACUCUACCAGGGUGAAUAUACCAUCUCGGCAGCGUGGCAAACAGGAUUGGGCAUGGGAAAUGCUGUCGGACAACUGGUCGGCGCACUUGCUUGCGGUUGGCCGCUGGAAAAGUUCGGUCGCAAGCGCACUUUAGCAGCAUGCUGCUGCUGGUCUAUUGCUUGGAUCUUCAUGCAGUUCUUCUCAGAGAAUUUGACCGUUCUCUGUGUUGGUGAAGUUUUUGCUGGCUUGGGCUACGGCUUCUACGUUGUCAUCGCGCCUGUUUAUGCCUCUGAUGUCUGCCCGUUGGCUCUUCGAGGUGUGCUUACGGCGUCGGUCAAUCUAGCCUUUGUCAUUGGACAAUUCAUCGCCCAAGGUACCGCUGCUGGUGUGGAGAGUAGAUCAGAUGCGCUUGCAUACAGACUUCCCUUUGCGAUCCAGUGGAUUUGGCCUGUCAUCCUGUUGAUUGGUCUCUGCUUUGCUCCUGAGAGUCCUUACUGGUUGGUACGCCAGGGACGUAGAGAUGAUGCAAAGCAUGCGCUUGAGAAAUUGACUAGCAGCAAGGAUCGUCCCGACCUUGACGCGAUGCUCGUUCUGAUCGAAGAGACUGAUCUGCUCGAGCGCGAGAUUGACGCAAGCACGACUUAUCUUGAUUGUUUCAAAGGAACCAAUUUGAGAAGAACGGAAAUAUGUACCAUGGUCUACCUUAUCCAGGUAAUUGGAGGUAACCCCCUCAUUGGAUAUGCGACAUUCUUCUUUGAACAGGCCGGACUGGCCUCUGCCAACGCUUUCAAUAUGGGUGUUGGAAACACGGCGCUUGGCUUUGUUGGCACAUGUCUCUCAUGGCCGUUGAUGCUGAGAUUUGGCCGUCGUACCAUCUACACCUAUGGAAUGGUCGUCAUGACUGUCAUCCUGUUCAUCAUUGGGUUCCUGGACAUUCCAAAGAACAACACGGGCGCAAUCUGGGCACAGGCUACCCUGAUGGAUAUCUGGACCUUCGUGUAUCAGAUGACUGUCGGUCCCAUUUGCUUUGUCCUGAUCUGCGAAGUCUCAUCUACCCGUCUUCGUGGUCGAACAAUCGCCAUAGCUACUGCAGUACAAUCCACAUUCGGCAUUGUGUUCACUAUUGGCAUGCCCUACAUGCUCAGCAGCGAGGAAGGCAAUUGGAAAGGAAAGGCAGGCUACUUGUUCGGUGGUAUCAGUGCGGCCUGUCUCGUCUGGUGCUGGUUCCGGCUGCCCGAAACGUUCGGAAGAACAUUCCAGGAAUUGGACAUCAUCUUUGACAACAAGAUCAGUGCCCGCAAAUUUGCUGACUACGAAGUACCACAGCAGGUAUACGAAUUGCAGAAGGUCGAUUGA